CCUUGCAAUGAGCUGUUCUGGGAUGCUUGGUCCGACCAGCACACAAUGUCAAUAGGUGUGCCCAAGAGAGUCUACGACGCGGUGGUCGUCGGCGCUGGAGGCGCAGGCGUUGCAACGGUUGGUGCACUCCUUCACUACCACCAAGGCUUCAGAAUCGGAUGGGUAGAUCCUGACUUCUCUGGGGGAAGGAUAUCAAAGAGAUAUAGGGAUGUCUCGAGCAACACCAAAACAUCUCUGUUCCGACAAUAUGCCGAUGCUUUCGAACCGUUCCGUCAAAUUGUGGCUUCAACCCCGAAGCCAAAUGCUGUGACCGUGCUCGAAGCGCUGGAACAGAAUCGCGGCUGCCAUCUCCGGUAUGCGGCAGACAUGUUGACCAUGUUGACGAGCGGCCUGCGCAAACAUCCCAACGUCGAGAUACACGUUGGCGACAUGUCGGCCGCAGACUUCCAAACUUCGUCAGCCGCUUGGUCAAUGUGUCUCGACCCGUCGGACCAGGCGCCAGACCGAAAGCUCUACGCUCGAAACGUCAUCAUGUGCACAGGCUCGUCGCCGACGAAGAUCCCUCUACCUUGUUCGACGCCGACCGUCCUCGACCUCGACGACGUGCUGGACCGCCAGAAACUGCGAAGCAGCCUGCCAUCGGCGGAUGAAAGUCUGGUUGUGGGAGUGAUAGGCACGUCUCACAGCGCCAUCGUCGCCAUUAUGAACCUGUACGAGUUGGCAACGGGGGGCACCCACCCUCGGCUUCAGGUCAAAUGGUUCGUCCGCGGCCCGAUGACCUACGCCGUUGAGAUGGACGGCUGGAUCCUGCGCGACAACACGGGCCUGAAAGGUGCCUCUGCAGACUUUGCCCGCGCGCACUUGGAGGACGACAAACUGCGCGAGUCGCCCGUGGGCAAGGUCCUCACCAAGGUCGACUGUCCGGACGUCCGCGACGCGUCCAUGACCCCCCACCUCGACUCGUGCACGCACGUCGUGGAGGCAAUCGGCUACACGCGAGAUCCCCUCCCUCGGCUCUCCGUCGACGGCACGACGCUCGAGGGCAUCACCCACGACCCGACCAAGGGCCUGCUCCUGGACGGCAACGGUCACGCCGUCCCGCACGCCUACGGCGCCGGCAUCGCCUUCCCAGAGAGAGUCACCGAUCCCGCGGGCAACACCGAAAGCGCCGUCGGGCUCUGGAAAUUCAUCAAGUAUCUGCACCGGGUCGCUCCGACGUGGUGUUAGCCCAUCGAACUCGCAGGGUGCAUAGACACACGCUGCUUUGGAGGGUAGACCGGGUCAAAAGGGGGGGGCCCAGAAAACAGAGUACCAUUCACAUUCCUGCCCUCGGCAAACAGACUCACGGCACAUGUUUUGGGAUGGCUUGGGGGCUCAGGGAUUCGUCAUGUCCCCGUGCCUCACCACUCCCUGUUCGAUGACCUACCAACCAGAUUGAGUUGCAGCUUACAUGUUCGAUAGACAAGAAGCGACCACUGUCGUCCCCUAAACCCACUGAAUAGAUACCUAGACCGAUAGAAAGCUAGAUCGGGUGAUGGGGUGACGUUGGUCCAUUCGAUAGGGUUGAGUACAUAUUAUUUUCCCGGCUAUGCUGUUUUCCG